GUUGUAAAAACUGACAAAGUACCAUCAAUCCAAGUCCCAAAUCCCUAAAUUAUUGUCUCUUAAAAAUUAAUUGUACGCACAAAAAAACCCUAGCCCUCUCUCUUCACUCUCCUAAUCUCCCGCCACUCUCUCUCUCCACGUUCUCCAUUGAAGCGCCUUCUCAUAUUUCAAGCAGACAGUUCCUCAAAACCCUUCAAUGUUUUGAUUAUACUAUGAAAUAGGCUACAUUUACAACGAUUUCCUGUUUUGAAGGCGAUUGUCUCACAAAAAAGUAUUUUCUUGUUUAAUCAUGGAUUUUGUGGAUGAUCCUUUUGCUGAACCUGUGGUUGCCAAAGCUGUUGGUAGGUUUCAGCCCAAGGCUAAGCCACGACCCAAGAAAGGACCAUCUGUCGCGGUAAAAGCAACCAAAGAGCCGCCUGUAACAUCAGUUCUGCAAUUGAAUAAGUCUGAUGAUAAUGUAGAAAAGAAUUUAGAAGUUCCUAAAAGUUCAUCUAUAACAGACAAUGAAAGCUCAGGAUUGCCAGCUGAAGCAAAGGAAGUGGCAGGUUCUGCUGUUACCGGGAAUUCAGAAAUUGCUGGUCUAUCCACAAAUGAAGCUGAGACACCAACGGCGAAUGCACCUAGUGUUCACAAUGAAAAGGAGCUAUCAGAUUUCCAUAGUGUUUCUUCUGCCAGUGCUUCGCUUCUUAGGCCAUGUAAUGCACAAGCUGCUCCUGAUCAGUAUGAGGAUCAGACAUUCGAAAAUCAAGAAGGCUAUAAGGAAUCCAUUGAAUGUGGUGAUGGAGACUUACAGAUAGAUGUUGAGCAGCUGGAAGCAGGGGAUUUUUCUUGUCUCGACAGUUUAAAUGUAAUGACUGAGGGUGCUGCUGCUUCUGGAACUAGAGCUGUUAAAUUCAAGCCCAAGCCUAAGGCACAAAGUGAUAGACGGAAGAAAGAUUCAGCUGAGGCUGUUUCUCAUCUUCCGCGUUCCCAGAAUCUUCCCUCUGAAAGUGAGCAUAUGACAAGUAGUGGAUCAAUUCAUGCCGGAGAACCCAACACUGUGUCUGAUGUUGUACAUAUGAGGCUUGAUGGCGAUUUUUCCUUAGAUCCUUCUGUGUAUCAACCUGACACUGUAGUCUCUGAAGAUAUAGAUUCAUUUAUGCCUGAAAAAUUACCACAACAGAGUGGGGAGGACCAUAGAGAACAGAAUUCAUAUGAUGCGUUAGGCUCUUCUGCCAAAUCAGUAGAUGGAGGGGUUUUGUCAGCAUUUGAAGGAAAUGAAGAUGGAUAUGAACCCCAAGAUGGAAUGAAUGGUGGAUUAAACAACAAUAACAGCUCUUACGAUAAAGCACCUGAUAACUCGGCCCUAAAUAGAGAUGAAAAUAAUGAAGGUGGUUAUAUUGGCGAAGAGACUUUGCAAAAGAAACGGCCACGAAAGUCUAAGAAAGUUGCAGCUGAAAAUAAUAAACCGGCUAGAAAGAGGAAGAAGGCAACCCAGGAACUUAAUGAAUACGUUGAAAAACCUCCCAAGAAGUUCCCUCGUGCAACUCGACGAAAAAGAUGUGUGAACAAAUCCUUGCUUGAAGCACCAGAGGACGAACUGGACCUUCAAAGGGUUCCAAUCAGGGACUUGAUCAUACUUGCAGAGUAUAAAGAACGCCAAGCAAAGAAAGAAGCAGCAGCAGCUAUGCCACCACCAACCAGUGAGAGGAAUAAUAACCUGUCACCAGAGGACCUUCCUUAUGAUGAUAAUGAGUCAUUUGAUCAAGACGGAGAUAAUUACGAUAAUCCUUCGACUCUAAGGGUUCAAAAAGAUACAGGCUACUUUAACUAUCAGUCAUUUAUGACAAAAGAAACCAGAGCGAGGUGGACAAAGCAGGACACUGAAUUGUUUUACCAGUCUCUUAGUCAAUUUGGAUCAGAUUUAUCAAUGAUUCAACAACUUUUUCCUGGGCGCACUCGGCAUCAAAUCAAAUUGAAAUACAAAAAGGAAGAACGCCAAAAUCCUAUGAGGGUUAAUGAUGCUUUGACUUGUAGAACACAAGAUCUCUCACAUUUUGAGCUCGUGAUCAAAAGGCUGAAAGAACAAGCUGCACAAGAUGAAAAGAUUGAUAAUGAUGAUUCAGUUUGCGUAACAUGCGAGGACGAAGGGCCAGAGGAAGUUUUCAACGCUCAUGAAGAUGUUUCAAAUGCCAAGCAGAACGAAGAAGCUCAAGUUGUUGAUCAAGAGUCUCCCAAGUUGCAUUACAGUGAAGAUGAGGAAUUUGAUUGGAGUUCAUAUAAAAGUGAAUUAUAGCAUUUAAACAAAUUCAUAUUUUCUAUUCCUAACACCCUUUCUAUUUUUUGUAUGAUGGUGACGACACCUUUAUUGAUAGUUUGAAUGACAACCAAAUGCACGGGGAAGAACUAAUUCCUAGGUAGUAAAUCUUGAUGAGUUGUUUGGUUGACGUGACCAUAAAAAGUGGAGUUUUCUAGAAAAUUCUAGUUCCCACAAAAUGGGGAAGUUGAUAAUCUAACCUCAUUAUGUAAGCGGAACUUUACAUGAGAAAUCCGGCUUCUUAUGAUAGUUAUUCAAACAA